UUUUAUCGACUAUCGAUAAGUCCUAUAUUAUUUAGCAGCCCUUGGGUGCGUAACACAUCUGUUUAAUCGUGCAUUUUCUUGAUCAAACGAAAAUAUGGCAAGUUUGGCUACAAAGGGUUCGGGACUUGUAAACAGGCUACUUGUUCAGGCAAGGCCUCAGCUUGAUGUUUUCUUGAAAUACGCCAAGGUGGAGCUAACUCCACCAACGCCAGCCGAUAUUCCUGCGAUUCGUCAGAGCAUUGGCAAUAUUGUCAAGGGAGCUAAAACCGGCUCGUACAAGAAUCUUACCGUUAAAGAGGCUUGGUUAAAUACACUCAUCACCGCGGAAGUCAUCUUUUGGUUCUAUAUUGGCGAAUGCAUCGGUAAACGCCACAUUGUUGGAUAUAAUGUUUAAAUAACCCAUUUCCAGCUGUGUAGCCAACGAAAUGAAAAAUAAGCUUGUUUC